CGCGGCUGCCGGGAUGAUACAACACAUCCCUCCCCGCUGCUGCUGCUGCUGCUGCAUGAGCGGCGGAUGGAGAAAAAAAAAGCCCCGGAGCGCAGCGGCGGCGGCGGCUGGUACUGCAGGAAAAAUCCGCCAGUCAAGCCUUUAAAAACAAGCUUGGAUCGCAGCUGAGGUGUUUUUGCUGGAUGGGAAGUGACUCAGCGUUUGUCACAGGAGAGAAUCGUGGCGGUACAACCUCGCAAUAUCAGCUGAUGGACAUUACUCCGGAGACCUCGGUGCUAAUCUAAACAGCUGAACACGUAAAUAGCCACCGUGUGGCCUCUUAUGGCUGACAGCAGCACGGUGACAACAACUGGCCACGACCUCGACAACGUCACUGGCAGCUUCACAGGCAACGCCACCGCCACACCUGCUGCCGUCCAGGUGGCCAACGUCAUCAGCUGGCUGACCGUCGGCAUCGGCCUGCCCGCCAUCGGACUGGCUAUUUACACCCUCAAGAAUCUGAGCAAAGGUGACGGUAAAGUUCCAGUCCAUGUCAUGUUCCUCCUGGUUUCUGACAUCAUCAGUUUCUUCGGCCGUCCCCAGGUGAAUCAGGAAAUGGAGAAUGGCUCCAUGUUGUCCUCCAACCCCACUGACUUCAUCUUCUAUUUUGGAGUCGUCUCCAACAUCACCCUCAUGCUGUUCAUAGCUCAGGAGCGCCAUCUCCUGGUGGCCUACCCGCAGUGCCUCGGCUGCUGCAGCAGCUUCAGGAGGUCUCCAGCAGUGGCCCUGGUAGCGUGGGCCGCCCCCUUCGGCGUCCUGGCCCUCGCCCUGCUGCGAUACAACCUCUGGUUCGCCGUUUCUCUGCUCACUCCCUUCCCCUUCCUCCUCUUCUUCGCUGUGGACGCCUGGAGGGCUCUGAUCUGCUCCCGGUCCAACCCUCCGACCCCAGAGAGGAGGAGGACGGUGCUGGGCAUCGGUGCCAUCUGGGCCAACUACACCGUCCUCUACUCGCCCUUCGUCCUCAGCGUCCUCCUGGAGGCUCUGAACUUUAAGGAGGAAGUGAGCUACCUGAGCCUGGUGUCUCACCUGCUGCUCUACCUCAGCCCUCUGGUGGACCCCUUCCUCUACAUAUUCAUGACCAAAGGCCUCAAAGAGGUUCUGCAGGCGCUGCCCUGCUGUCAGAAGCCGGGUCAGAAAGAAAACAGGAGGCCCACCGUGGACACUGUGGCUGAAACUGUGGAGACGAGACUUUGAGGAGCAUUUACAGAUUCAAAAACGGAUCAAUCCACCUUAAUUUACUGAAUGCUCCACACCUGACCAGCUUCAAUUUGACAGAUUUUUUUCCCUAAAUGGUGAAUAUUGAUUGACUGAGUUAAACAUUCUUAAUAGGAUGGGUUUGUGCCGAUUUUUGUGUCACUUCCUUUGCGCCAAUCUGUGGAUGGAUGUUUGAAGUGCGAUAACGUGAGAAAUAACAGAGCUGGAGUCCUGAAAUUUUGCAGGUUCAUUGAUAUGUGGUCUUCAAUGGUACAGCUUUGAUAGAAUCAUACAAACCAUUUCCAUGACGGUGCUAAUUUCCACAUUUCAGUCUACUCCAAUAUUCCACAAACCAUAAAACCUGAAUUUUUAACAUAUAGAGGCUGAUUUUUUUUCCUGUGAUUGACACUAAUAGGAGUUUACAAUAUUUUACGAGAAAAAAAUUAAUAAUUUUUGUAUUUAUGACCAAUAUUAGGACAAUCGUUGA